AGCGGCUCGGGGAGGUGCUCGCUCUGUUGGUCUCGCUCUCAGGCUCGCUUCCCCCGGCUCCCUUCGGUGCCCCCCCCGGUCGCCUGCGUGCCGGAGUGUGUGCGAGGGAGGGGGAGGGCCUCGGGGGGGUGGGGGGAGGCCUUCCAGUCUCCGGGAGACCCGCGGAAGGAGGCGGAGGCUGCGAGGGACUCCGGGAAGCCAUGGACGUCGAGAGGCUGCAGGAGGCGCUGAAAGGUGGUCGCCUUCCCGGCUCUGAAUUGCUCGCCUUCCAAGCAACAGGCUUGAGAACAGUGGUUCUCAAACUUAGGAGAGCAUGAUUUCAGCGUUCUGAGAAUUAGGCUUUGAUACCCAGGAUCAUUGGAGGACGGCUACGAGAGGGAGCUGGUGUUUUCUUAAAACGCAGAUUUAUGAACUUCACAUUUUGAGAAGAGGGGGAAAAAGGAAGUUUGUCCGGUCCUGGAUCAGUUUCUUUGUCAUGUAGCCAAGACUGGAGAAACAAUGAUUCAGUGGUCCCAGUUUAAAGGCUAUUUUAUUUUCAAACUGGAGAAAGUGAUGGAUGAUUUCAGAACUUCAGCUCCUGAACCAAGAGGUCCUCCCAACCCUAAUGUCGAAUAUAUUCCCUUUGAUGAAAUGAAGGAAAGGAUACUGAAAAUUGUCACUGGAUUUAAUGGUAUACCUUUUACUAUUCAGCGACUAUGUGAAUUGCUCACAGAUCCAAGGAGAAACUACACAGGAACAGACAAAUUUCUCAGAGGAGUAGAAAAGAAUGUGAUGGUUGUUAGCUGUGUUUAUCCUUCUUCAGAGAAGAACAAUUCCAAUAGUUUAAAUCGAAUGAAUGGUGUUAUGUUUCCUGGAAAUUCACCAAGUUACACUGAAAGGUCUAAUAUAAAUGGACCUGGAACACCCAGGCCACUUAAUCGACCAAAGGUUUCUUUGUCAGUCCCCAUGACAACAAAUGGCUUACCUGAGAGCACAGACAGCAAAGAGUCAAACUUAAAGCAAAACGAGGACAAAAAUCACAGUGACUCUUCGACAUCUGAAUCAGAAGGUUCCUCGGUGAGCCCUAUAAAAAAUAAACAUCCAGAUGAAGAUACUGUGGAAGCUGAGGGGCAUGAGGUAAAAAGACUCAGGUUUGACAAAGAAAGUGACGUCAGAGAGAUGGCCAGUCAAACAUCUUCCAGUGAAAUUUCUUCAGUUAUGGUAGAAGAAACAGAAGCUCCAUCUUCAUCUCAGAAUAAAGACAAAGAAAGUAGUUGUACCAGGCAGCACUGUACAGAAGAGGAUGAAGAAGAGGAUGAAGAGGAAGAAGAAGAGUCUUUUAUGACAUCAAGAGAAAUGAUCCCAGAAAGAAAAAAUCAAGAAAAAGAAUCUGAUGAUGCCUUAACUGUGAAUGAAGAGACUUCUGAGGAAAAUAAUCAAAUGGAGGAAUCUGAUGUGACUCAAGUUGAGAGAGGUUUACAUUCUGAAGGUAGUGAAAAUACAGGCCCUGUAAGUAGUUCCAAUUGCCACGAAACGGAAGAAUUAAUAGGAUCCAAUUCCAGUAAAACUGGAGAGAUUCUCUCAGAAUCAUCCAUGGAAGCCACAGAAGUCACAGAUGAACCAAUGGAACAAGACUAACUAUUUAGAAAUAUUUAGAUGCAGUAUUUUACAUACAGUUCUGGUUUUACACUGUAUAAAACUUUUAUGUAAUAAAGUGGACCUUUAGUUUUACAAGAGAAGCAGGUUGUAAAAUAAAGUACUUUAUGGGAUAAAUCCUGAAAGAGUUGUACAUGUAAGAACUGUGAAUAUCAGCUCCUCUGGGUCCUGCUUACCGCUGACUUUUUUUGGUCUGGUCAAAUCAGUGGUUUGUGUAUAGAUUUUUUUUUUUUUUUUUUUUUUUUAAUUUAGAGUUAAAAAUUUUAAACUGGAAGAUAAUUAUAAUUUUGAAAACUUUUGGAGAUUAUCACAUUUAGUUUAUACGUAUGCAAGAAAGCUUUUUGUCUUGUCUCUUUCUGACAGCUCUAGCAGUUUUCAUAUUUUGGUCAUAGUUUCAACAUUUUAACAUGUGAAUUAUAGGGUUUCAUGUUGGUUUCCAGAUUUUAUUGUUUGACUAUGUACUAUGGAACUUUAAGUCAUAUAUACAUAUAUAUAUAUUAUUCUAAGGGGGGAAAUGUUAUAUUUUUCUUUUUCUAUAAGAGAUGAAUACAGUGGAUACUUUUUCUAUUGGUAAUGAUUGAGUUCACCUCUUUCAGAAGACAGUUUCUUUCUCUUCUGAGUAAUUCACAUAAAAUCUGGCCCUUGUGAAACCCUGGAAAUCUUAAGUCUGUUGAAAUACCAGGUUAAACACAUUCCAAGAGAUCUGUUCAAACUAAAAUUCUUUUGUAUACUUCUGAGGUGCCUGAGAAAAAGACUUCAUUAUUUAUGAGAAAAUGUGCUUUAUCUUGGAAAUUGUGUUCAAACAUUAGCUUACUGUUUUGUAGAAUGAAUGCUUAUAAAGCUGACAUGAGACCAUCUCAGAAGAACCAGGCAGGUUCCUUUACCUUUUGCUUGCUUUUCUGAACAGUGUGAAUACUACACAUUUCUUUCUAAAUUAUUCUAGAGUAUACAGAUGUCAAUGGUAUGAAACACCACUGUACUGGAAGAAUUAAUAUAUUACUUUAGUAAUGUACCGGAGCUAAAUGACUGAAGCUUUAGGGGUACAUAAAAACCACCGUAAUUUGUAUGACAUUUUGAAGUGAAUUAAAUAUUUUUGAACAUGCUUCUUCGACAGCCAGUGUUAUAUUUUUCAGAUCAACACAAAGCACAAUGGUUACUCUAAACUCAAUAUUUUCAAAUUCACAUAAUUUAAAGUCAUGCAAGCUGCAAUUUCCCUGUCUAAAUUACUGGCUGCCAAAUUUAUACCUGUUUCUUCAGCUGUACCUUUUGAUAUUUAGAAUUUUUAAAUUUCUGUAAAGUAGAUUUUGUAGAAUGUUAAUGUGUUCACUGCCUUUGUGAAGCGGUAUAUAAUUGUAUAAUUUCUGUGUGUAAACUGAAUGCUUGGGCUUUCAAUACAGUAUUCAUAUAAAGCAAUAAAUAUUAAUGU